ACUUGGCGCGCUCAGACGAACGGCGCGCCCCUCCAUUCAUUGCCGAUCUGUACGCAACACUGGCACGACGUUGCCACCGCGUUUAUUCUCUAACUUUUUAUUUCCAGUAACUUUACUUUUAUUUCAAGUGAAAGUCUCGAAUAUUCAUAUUGAAAUCUCGAGCACAGUUUUAAACCUUUAAAUUUGCACUUUAACAAACAAAGCUCGGAAUGGUAGACACGCGAAAUUGUUGAAACAGCUCACGGUUGCAGUAAUUUCAUAUUCUUCGUACAUAGGGAUUUAUGAGAGAUCGUGAAGAUUGCAACAUCACUUUCAAAUAGAAGACGACGUCAAAGGAACGAAAAUGUCGAAAAAACAUCUCCACAAUCAAGCCGCUAUACCGUUAGCUCCUGCAGUAUUCAAGAAACCUCAAAUGCGGCCAAUGAUAGCCGAGUAUGACCCAAAGAAAAAAGGAGUCAGGACUGACUUAUCAGAUGUCGUUAUGGUCAAGUAUAAAGUUGACCCUAAUGAAAUUCCGGUAGAACAACAGGCGGGGUCCACCCUGCCUCUUAUGGAAAUACCGGGACGGGACAUAGAGGCUGAUGAAGACUAUAAUCCGUUUGAGCAUCGAAAACUGGCGCACCCCACAUCAGAUCUGGAUACACUUAUCCAUUUACUGAAAGGGUCACUCGGAAGCGGAAUUUUAGCCAUGCCCAUGGCGUUUAUGCACGCCGGCCUGUACGUGGGGCUGUUCGCCACGUUCCUCGUAGGAGGCAUCUGCACGUACUGCGUGCACGUGCUGGUGAAGACCGCGCACGAGCUGUGCCACAGGAUGCAGAAGCCAUCGCUGGGCUUCGCCGAGACAGCUGAGGCGGCUUUCUUGGCCGGCCCUCCAGCGGCACAUAAGUUUUCGAGACUAGCGAAAGCCAUGGUGAACUGGUUCCUUGUGGUGGACUUAUUAGGAUGUUGCUGCGUGUACAUAGUAUUUGUGGCAUCGAAUGUAAAGCAAGUAGCCGAUUUUUACGCAAUGGGAACAGAAUGGCACGAUAUGGAUGUACGACUCUACAUGCUUGCGACUCUACCUUUUCUAAUUCUUAUUAAUCUCAUCAGAAAUCUGAAGUACUUGGCCCCGUUUUCUAUGAUUGCGAAUUUAUUGGUUGGCUGUGGAAUGGGUAUCACUUUUUAUUACCUGUUCCAAGAAAUGCCUGAAACCAGUGAACGUGCAAAUUUCGCUGGAUUCGACAAACUGCCGACAUUCUUUGGUACCGCUAUUUUCGCACUGGAGGGCAUCGGUGUCGUGAUGCCACUGGAAAACAACAUGAAAACUCCGACUCAUUUCAUCGGCUGCCCUGGCGUGCUAAACAUUGGCAUGUUCUUUGUCGUGUCUCUGUAUGCUACCACUGGAUUUUUCGGAUAUCUGAAAUAUGGACCCGACACUCAAGGCAGCAUCACGCUUAAUCUUCCUCAGGAUGAAUUAUUGGGCCAGAGUGUGAAGCUGAUGAUUGCCGUAGCAAUAUUCUUUACAUACAGCCUGCAGUUCUACGUGCCUAUGGAAAUCAUCUGGAAGAACGUCCGCCAUAUGUUUGGCGCCAGGAAAAACCUCGCCGAGUACAGCAUAAGAAUAGGGAUUGUGCUUAUGACACUUGGCAUUGCCAUUGCCAUUCCUAAAUUAUCACCUUUCAUAUCACUUGUUGGUGCGGUAUGCCUGUCUUUCCUUGGUCUCAUAUUUCCGGCUGUUAUCGAAACCGUCACUUUUUGGGAUAGACCUAACGGACUUGGCUUUUGCAAGUGGGUUCUGUGGAAAAAUAUGUUUUUGGUUUCAUUUGGAAUCCUCGGAUUUUUAACUGGUUCCUAUGUUAGUAUUUUAGAAAUUAUUAACGGUUGAGAUUCAUAUUAUAAUUAAGUAUAUUAUUAUAUAAAACUUACUCGGUGGGACCGAGAAGACAACCGAGAAGUAAAAGUAUUUGUAUAAAAUGUAGUUGGAUAAGGACCAUUUUGAAUCAUUUUUUGCCUUUAUUUUAUAACUAUAGUUUUAUAAUUGGACGUAUGAAGUUACAUCGCCGCCUUAGCAAGUAAAACUAGUCGAGAGC